GGUAGUUUAUUGUGAAUUUUUUUAACUACGGAGGAAUAUUAUUUCGGUGAAGUUCUAGUCACGGAACAAGAGUGACGAUUCGAUUUCGAUUCGCGCACUCCCACUUCAUUACUCACUUUUUGAAGUUUGAGGUUGAGUUUCUGAACGCACGAGGACAGACAGACGGUGUCACUGGCCGGCCGAACCGCGCUGUCAAAACAAAAAAAUGAGCGAAGAAAAUAAGAAAACUUUUUUAGGAUUUGAUUUUAGUACACAAAGGUUAAAAGCGUUAAUCAUUGGUGAAAACUAUGAAGUACUUCAGGAAGCUGACGUUGAGUUUGAUGUUGACUUACCAGAGUUCAGGACAUCCGGAGGGGUGCUCAGAGGGGAGCAGCGCGGCGAGGUGCUGGCACCGCCACUGCUGUGGGUGAAGUCUCUAGAUAUGGUCAUGGACCGGCUCAUCGUAGCCGGGGCGGACUUCUCAGCAGUCACCGCUUUGUCUGGUGCUGGACAGCAACACGGCUCAGUAUGGUGGUCAAAGGGGGCAGACGAGCGGCUCUCUACACUGUCUUCAGACGAGUUCCUGCACACACAACUAGCGACCGCCUUCGUGUGUGACUCGCCUGUCUGGAUGGACUCCAGUACCACGGCACACUGCCAGGCCUUGGAGGAGGCUGUGGGGGGUGCCGAGGAACUAGCCAAGAAGACAGGGUCCCGCGCUUACGAGCGCUUCACCGGUUCCCAGAUUCGUAAGAUGUUCCACAGCAAGCCUCGUCUGUACCACGCCACUGAGCGAAUCUCACUGGUCUCCUCCUUCGCUGCCUCGCUGUUGCUCGGACGAGUGGCGCCUAUCGACCUGUCUGACGGCUCCGGGAUGAACCUACUUGAUAUACAUGAGAAGACCUGGUGGGAUAAAGCGUUGCAGGCAUGUGGCGAUGAAUCCCUAGCGUGCAAGCUUGGCACCCCCGUCCCCACCGCCUCGGUCCUAGGGCCUAUCUCCAGCUAUUUCGUACAGAGAUAUGGCUUCAACAAAGACUGUAAAGUCAUCGCUUUCACCGGCGACAACAACUCUGCUUUAGCUGGUCUCCGCCUGCGCUCGGGCUGGGUAGGGCUCAGCCUCGGCACCAGCGACACCCUGCUCCUGGGUCUCCAACACCCCGCAGCCCCACUAGCCGGCCACGUGCUGGUCGGACCCACACCAGCCGCCCCCUACAUGGCCCUGCUCUGCUUCUCCAACGGGUCCCUCACCAGGCAGAGCCACCGGGACCGCUUAGCUGGGCCCAGUUGGGAUACGUUCGAUGAGCUGUUGAGAGCUACGGUUAGAGGGAAUCUGGGGUAUAUGGGUAUAUACUACGACACGGCGGAGAUCAUCCCGCGCGCGGCGGCCACGCGGCGGUUGGUGGACGGCGCCGGCCGGGCCAUAGACAAGGCGCAGCCGCAGUUUGAAGCAAGAGCUCUGUUAGAAACACAGGCACUGGCCAGGAGGGCUCAUGCUGCUGAUAUGGGCUUCCAGAUAGAUCAAUCUUCCAGAAUCAUCGCUACUGGCGGAGCGUCAGUGAACAAGGAGUUGCUACAAAUAUUCGCUGAUGUCUUCAACACCCCAGUUUACGUUCUAGAUCAACACGCGAAUGCCGCGCUACUGGGGGCCGCCAUACGAGCCGCUGAAGUGUGGAGCCUCGAGUCUGGAUAUAAACUUGCUGGAUCGGAACCUACGGUGUCACCGGUGGCGACCCCCUACAAAGACGCAGACAAUAUCUACACGCCAAUGCUCGAACGAUACAGACAGAUGAUUCAAGACAUACCUACUUUAGCCUAAGGAGAGCUCGUAAAUAGGCUGCCUGCGAUAUUCCCGCUAAGUUACUACUCCGCAAGUACUCUGGAAAGUUUAUUUAGUUGUAGAAUAUUGCACACUUUUUACAUUGCGAUAGUAGGUGCUUUACAAGGCGUUCCGGCCACAAAACGGUAUACAAUAGAUCUAAAUAAUACUUACCUAAAAAAUAUACUUCCAUAAAUAGUAGGAUGUAAUCGCUAUGUACACUUAGCUACACCAUGCAAGUAGGUAUAGAGUGUAGUCAAAAAGAUAUUCGUAAUUCGCGACAAAGUAAAAUACUUGCUUACAACGUAUUUUCAAAAAAAUGCAAGAUAAUUAAUAGCACUCUACAUACAUAAAUGCAAGUUGCAAAUAAGAGUAUAUUUAAUGUAUUUAUUGCAUAAGAUUAUUUUAUAUCAUUUGCAAUGUAUAUUUUGUUUGUUACUAUUUGCAAUACUUUACAAACAUUCAUCUCUGCAUUUAAGUAGAAGUGUGAAUGUAGUUAUUUAUUGCUUUUUAUGUUCAACAUAAUGUAAUUACUAAACCUAUCUGUGUUAAUUAUCAUUCCUAAAUGUACUUAUGUGAUACUCGUAAAUCAUUUAUUUACUUAUUUCGUUUUUGACAUACUUUUAUCUGUUUUACACUUUUAUUUCGGUUAUUUGUUGACUUUUAUACAGCAUUUUAACGUAAUGGUGCUUUUAAUUCACAUUUUCAUUCACAGCAGUGCCUUCGAGAAAAAUAUGUGUUCCACUUUUAAUGAUUAUCUUUGUUAUACUUUUACACGUUUUCUAAUAAAAUUGUUGACUAAAA